AUGGCCGUGUUCGACCACGGCGCGUUCGGCGGGGCCCGCGAAGCGCCCCAGGCUCCUUCGAUCGACGGGAUCGAGUACCCACGAGCGGCCAGCUGGGCUGCAGGGACUCUGACGAAUUUGCUGUCUGAUGAUAAGGGUCGCCAGCUGUUCCGCUGCUUCCUGUUCGACGCCCUUGCCGAGGAGAACCUCAACUUCCUCGAGGCGGUUGAUAAGCUGAAGAAAAUGAGGCAAAACGAUGAGAAACAGGCAUUUGCCAAGGAGAUUGUCGACUGCUACUCCCCGUACGUCAACUUGAGCAGCGGCGCCAUGCAGAAAAUCAAAACCGCAGCCGCCACCGACAACCCCGACCCGAACGAGUUCGCCCCGGCCUGCAAAGAAGUCCGGCGCCUCCUCGAAAACGAUCAGUUCCCGCGCUUCCGGCGCUCCGAGUGCUACUUGAAAUACCUCGAGGAGCUGCUCCCACGCAGCUACGCCGAGAAGUGGGCAACGUCUUUUGAGGCGCUUCUUGGAAAUCAUGUCGGCCGCCAGUAUUUCCGCGUCUUCUUGCGCAGCAUCCACGCCGAGGAGAAUCUGCGUUUUUGGGAGGCCGUCGUCGAGUUCCGGGCCACGAAAAACAAGAGCCCGGCGAUGCUCAACCUGGCUAAGGUCAUCCUGCAGUCCUACCUGGCCGAGGGGCAGAGCAACGAGGUGUUCCUCCCCUUCGGUGUCCGCCAGGUGAUCGAGCGAAAAAUUGCCGACCAGGAGGUGGACAUCUCCCUCUUCGACGAGGCCAUCAAGCAUAUUGAGCAGGUGCUCCGCAACGAUCCAUACGUCCGUUUCCUGCAGUCGAAAGAGUACAUCGAUCUGCUCGGGCGUCUUCAC